AUGGUGCUCGAAAAAGCAACAGUGCUUCGACGAAGAGAGGGAUAUCGGAAUACGAAUACUCUACUUGCGAUUAGGCGGCCCAACAAGCUUGCCAAUGCCAUGGCAUGUGCCCUCGGCCUUCCUACCAUUCGGACAAUCCGUCGGAAGGAUACCCAUCCCGAGCUUUGCACACCUGGGGGGGGGGAGAUCGGGGAGCGCCGUGCCGCUCGUAUGAGCAUGGCGAUCACCUUCAUCAUCAGUGUCGUCCUGUACACUGCCAACACCUCCCUGAACGUCUUCCAAAUCCUCGCCGGCCUCUUCCUCUCAUCGACCUCCACGUCCGAGUCCACUAUCGACGCUCCCAAUCGUCUGGGCGUCUGUAUAACCUACACCUCGAUCUGGCGAGCGUGGAUGUCCCUCGACGCCGAGGCCGACAGCGUGGCGAAGAAGCUGUUUCAGCUUGGGAAGGAUGGCGUCCAGCGUUUGCGUGCUGUCGUCCAGGUGGACAACAUCGACAUCUGGAAGCGGAAGACCAACGAGACCAUCCUGAAUGAGUCCAGCCUCAUACACAUGGCUGCGUCGUAUAUCAGGGCGAUGCCGAGCUAUGUGGACAAGGAGGUCUUUACGCCAGAAUUCCAGGAGGAGCUGUUAGCUUGUGAGGGCUCUCUGAAGCACGCUCAGUUCAACCAGUUCAAGCCGAACGAGCGUGAUCGGAACCGCCUGGACCAAGCUCGGCGCUUGAACAUCGCGCAAAUCCUCCUGCUCCAUCUCCCCUUCUUUGUUGAUCACAAGGACAGAGCCACUGUGGUCAAGGUCUACAACCAACAGAUCCUCGAUCGAUUUGCCAAGCUCUUCCUCGCCCAUCAUAUGCCUGACGAGGAGACUCGCGAGACCAAACUGUACCCCCUCCCAGCCCAGCCGUUCGACAUGGGCCACACCUCGCACACAGCGAAUUUCAAGGCGUGGAUCAAGGGGUGA